AUGCUGGCACCAGCCCCAAACCCCCACACAGCCAGGCUCAACCCCCCACGCAGCCAUGCCCCCAAAAAACACACACAGCCAGGCCCAACCCCCCCCACACAGCCGGCCCCAAACCCCCACAUAGCCAGGCCCAAAACCCCCCACACAGCCAGCCCCAAACCCCCACACAGCCAGCUCCAAACCCCCACACAGCCAGGCCCAACCCCCACACAGCCAGCUCCAAACCCCCACACAGCCAGGCCCAACCCCCACAGCCAGCUCCAAACCCCCACACAGCCAGGCCCAACCCCCCACACAGCCAGGCCCAAACCCCCCACACAGCCAGGCCCAACCCCCACACAGCCAGGCCCAACCCCCACACAGCCAGGCCCAAAACCCCCACAUAGCCAGCCCCAAACCCCCACACAGCCAGGCUCAACCCCCCACACAGCCAUGCCCCCAAAAAAACACACAGCCAGGCCCAAAACCCCCCACACAGCCAGCUCCAAACCCCCACACAGCCAGGCCCAAACCCCCCACACAGCCAGCCCCAAACCCCCACAUAGCCAGCCCCAAACCCCCACAGCCAGGCUCAACCCCCACACAGCCAUGCCCCCAAAAAACACACAGCCAGGCCCAACCCCCACACAGCCAGCUCCAAACCCCCACACGGCCAGGCCCAAAACCCCCACACAGCCAGCCCCAAACCCCCACAUAGCCAGCCCCAAACCCCCACACAGCCAGGCUCAACCCCCACGCAGCCAUGCCCCCAAAAAACACACAGCCAAGCCCAACCCCCCACACAGCCGGCCCCAAACCCCCACAUAG